AGGAAAACACUGGUGGGCAGCGGGGGCCGCGGCGGCAGCGCCCGCCCUUUCCCUCCCUCCCCCCGCCUCGCGCUCUCCCCCCCUGCCCCGCGCACACGCGCGCUCACACACGCGCGGUCCCGCACACGCGCGCACACGGCCACGCGCGGCGGGGGGGCGGCAGCUUCCGAGCGCCCCCCGGAGCGCGGCGGCGGGGAGGGGAUCCCGGGCAGCUCCGCGGGCCGCGGUGGCGGCCGCAACUUCCUCCUGAGGGGCCGGCGGGGGAACGGGAGGUGGGAAGAGCCCCAGAAGUUCCCGGCCGCCCGCUGGGCUGCGCGGAGCUCCUCCUUGAGAGAUGUCUGAGCCUGCUGCCCAGUGCUGCAUCAAGCAAGAGAGAAUUUCGUACACACCUCCAGCCAGCCCAGUACCAAGUUACACUUCCUCGUCACCACUACAUGUCCCUGUGCCUCAAGCGAUCAGGAUGGAGGAAGAAUCGAUCAGACUGCCAGCACACCUGCGUCUGCAGCCCAUUUACUGGAGCAGGGAUGAUGUCGCACAGUGGCUCAGAUGGGCGGAGAAGGAGUUUUCCCUGAGGCCAAUCGAGAGCAACACUUUUGAGAUGAAUGGCAAGGCUCUGUUGCUCCUGACCAAAGAGGACUUUCGAUACAGAUCUCCUCAUUCAGGUGAUGUUCUGUAUGAACUCCUUCAGCAUAUCCUGAAGCAAAGGAAAUCUCGUGUGCUAUUCUCACCUUUCUUCCAUCCUGGGAACUCUAUCCAUGCUCAGUCAGAGGUUUUAUUACAUCAGAACCAUGAUGAAGAUAGCUUUGUCCAGAGGCCUUCAAGACCAUCCACAGAAGCAGUCCACCACAGCACCCCAACCAUUGAACUGUUGCAUCGUUCUAGAUCACCCGUCACCAACAACCACCGUCCGUCACCAGAUUCCGAUCAGCGGCCACUGAAGUCCCCUAUGGACAACACUGUCCGUCACCUUUCCCCAGCUGACAGGGUGCCAGGGGCCAGGUAUCAUCAAGAGAACAACCACCAGGAGCCCUAUCCUCUCUCAGUGUCCCCGAUAGAAAACAACCACUGCCCACCUCCUCCUGAGGUUCUUCAGAAGCCUUCCAGCCCUCGCCAGGAGAACACCAGGGUCAUCCAGCUGAUGCCCAGUCCUAUCAUGCAUCCUUUGAUACUGAACCCCAGGCACUCUGAUUUCAAGCCACUGAGGUUGUCUGAGGAUGGGCUGCACAGGGAGGUAAAGCCAAUCAACCUGUCCCACCGAGAAGAGUUAGCUUAUAUGAACCACAUCAUGGUGUCUGUAUCCCCUCCUGAGGACCAUGCAAUGCCAAUUGGAAGAAUAGCAGACUGUAGGUUGCUUUGGGAUUAUGUUUAUCAGCUGCUUUCUGACAGCCGGUACGAAAAUUUCAUCCGAUGGGAAGAUAAGGAAUCCAAAAUUUUUCGGAUAGUGGAUCCCAAUGGGCUGGCCCGGCUGUGGGGAAACCACAAGAACAGAACAAAUAUGACUUAUGAGAAAAUGUCCAGAGCCCUACGCCAUUACUACAAACUAAAUAUUAUCCGGAAGGAGCCAGGACAAAGGCUUUUGUUCAGGUUCAUGAAAACCCCAGAUGAGAUUAUGAGUGGCCGAACAGACCGCCUUGAGCACCUUGAAUCCCAGGCACUGGAUGAACAAAUAUACCAGGAAGAUGAGUGCUGAAGGGAACUGGUGCACCACCUCUGUGGGUCUAUAUGAGAAACAUCUGCUCGGAUGGCUGGCACGGUUUGGGAGGGGAAGCAACCCUACAGAAGCAGUAGUGGGGGUCUCCGCUUAGCUUGAAGACCAUGCAGGACCUGAAGCACCUUAACGAAACAAACUAACAGGCAGAAGUGGUGCUGGCAGAAAAGUAAAUGGGAGAAAGCCCGGACUUACGCACUACUUCACUGUUCCUACAAAGCCUCCCUCAAGUUCUUUCUUUCUUUUUGGUUUAAGUUUUUGUUUUUUGUUUCUUUGGGUUUUUGUUGUUGUUGUUGUUUUUUGGUUUUUGUUUUUUUUUUCCCCCUAAUAAACAUGUAGUUUGACUUCCCUUUUCUCACAUAGGGCAAAACGUGAGAUUAUGCUUUUUUCCUUUGGAAGGCUUUCCUUUGGGAACAGAGUGUUCUUACUUCCAAGUCUCAUGAGGUAACACCACGUGAAACAACAGUGACACAGAAGGGAUUUGCUCACGGGUUCCAGUUUGCUUGGAUCAAUUUCUGUGUGCUGUGUUUGGUAAAUGUACUGAAGCUACCAAAAGAAUUUACCACACAUAUCUGUCAAGCAAAGAGGAGUCACCCUUCACGUGUAGGCUGGGAUAGCAUCCCAACAUAGCUCGGGCUUGUGAAUCCUUGAAUAGCUAUUAACUUCAGGCAUACGGACCAAAACCAAUCACCUAAGUGCUCCAGGGAGGAGAGAAAUAAAUGUGACAAACCUCUGCAAUAGACCGAUGUUGACAUUUUCCCUCCCUCUAGCAAAGGGGUGAUAGAAUGGAGUGGGGGGGAGAGGGACAGGGGCAAGUAUAAAUAUAUAUGUAUAUAUGUGAACCCCACAACAUAUGCACAAUGCAGAAUUUUAGCUCAAAGGCUUUGAUAAAAAAGCAAAGGGUAAAAUAUCUGAAGUCACAGAAGGAAGGUUUUGUUCUUACAUGUGCUAGCAAUUUUGGGGUGAAGGGUGAAGGACUUUCCGUUCUGAGGAGAAUGCAGAGGGACCCAUCAUGUGGUUUGUACUGCUCAGAAACCACUCCAGGAUCAUUUUGUGCUCCUGGAGAGACAGAUGAUUCACCAAUAUAAAAACCAAUGGUAGAGAACUAGAAACCAAAUAGCUAUAGUGAUGCCUUGGAAUUGAUUUUGUCUUUGUUUUGGAGUUUGAUUUUCUCCCUUCCAUGCCUCCCAACCCUUCCCCACCACAUGGCUUUCCCAACUAGGAAUCUUGUCUCAGUUUGCCUGUUCUUAAUGUGAUUUAAAACACCAGAAAAAAAGAAAUCCCAGAUCUAUGUUGCUUUCUUGGUUUCAUUUUUGUUCUUUGCAAGAUGCCCUAUUUUUUACACCUUCUAUUUGGUUUGCAGCAUGAGGGUGCUUUGCAGGAGGCAAGAGCCGUGCCUAUUUUGGUUGCUCAGGCUGGGAAACUCAGUCGUCCUUAAUGCUCAGUACUAGAGGAACUACUGGCCCUUUGCAUUUCACACUGCUUGGGCUGCCAUGACAGGGAAGUGUGGUGUCCAGUUAUCCAGUGAUCCAUCAGCAGUGAUGCACGUAGUGUAAAGAAUGCAACUGAGAAAUUAUACUUGCAAAGAGCGAAAAUAUACAGAGAAACUGUGCAGGAAUCACGUGAUUACUGGAGGAAAACAAGUCCACACUAGUUCAUUAAAAACAGAAAGCCUCUUUUAUGGGAAAAUGCAUGCUAGAAAUAGGAAAAGAAAAAAAAAGAAAAAAAGGAUUAAUCUAAUCAACUUCAACCAAAAAAAUAAGGUACAUUCCCAUGAUAGCGCUUCUAUUAGCUAUAAACCAGCACUGCAUUUGAUCUUAGCACAUAUUUAACAAGAGGGUCAAUCUACGCAGAAAAAAAUAGCACUUGGCAAUGAACAGUGGCCUGUAUGUUUAAACAAAGUCCAGUCUCACAAAAGACGUUAUUGAGUCACAACUGCAGGAGGAAGGGCUUUGUUAAGGGUAAAGAUAGGCAUCAUACAACGAGGAGAAGUUUUGCAGAGCCAGUGUCUGAUGAGGAGCAAGAGGGUGUACAUCUCUCCCUGAGCUCUUCCCAGGCACGUGUUUUUAUUACAGUAUGUUACAAGUCUGAGCGCACAAAGUGCUUGACUUCUGCCUCAGAAGAAAGGGCACAUGAACGUGCAUCAGAAAGCUGAGCAGAGGACCCAUCACUGCUACAUCUCUGAAAUAUUUAGAGCUCAUGAGAUGGAGGCACGGGGAGAGAUCCCCUGCUCACAGGCCUGAAACCAGAGGGGCCGUGAUGAUUCCAACCCAAAACCUGGGGGCCACAAUCAUAACUGACCCCAGGGCACUUGGUUGCAGCCGUGCCUUGGGAGCUGGGUGUAUGUCCUCCAACUGAACGUGGAGCACAGAGAGCAUCGGAAUACGUCUUCCUGGGGAGGUCAAAGGAAUAACUCAGAGAAGAUGGUGAGUGACAGAUGAAGUGAGUGUCAGUGUAAAGGAAAUCUCUCGAUGGUAUCUUCUGUUUCUUAGGAUGUACAGCAGUAGGAAAAAAAAAAAAAGCACAGUUGAUAUCCUUUACUUCUCUGGCUGUGAUGACUGCAUGCACUGCAUCAUUUCCUUGCUCCAACUGCUGUUAUGAGAUGAUGGGGAAGAAAGACAAUAGACACCUUCUAUUUGAAGCAUUUUGCUUUGCUGAGCAACAAGAUUUUGUUAUGGUCAAGGUGCACACAGGGGAAGUAGAGACAGUCCACCAGCGUAAGCCCAGGCGCUCACCAGGUAAGCUAGCAAGCAGUUUGUUUUCAGCACUGGUAAGGCAGGAGAAAGCAAGGAAUCCUAAAAUCCCACGUGUUGUCCCAGCGGGAAAAUUUGUAGAGGGAAUUUAAUACAGAAAAUGUUCACCUUUACCAAAAAUACGAUCAUUUUCACUUGCAGAAUCAAGUCAAAGGGAAAAAAAAAUGUUGGAACUACCUUCCUGUUCGUGUGUAAAGACAUCUCAGGACAACUACUUCUCCCUCCCUGUCAUAAAAUUCACCCAAGUCUCAGACCUGCCAGAAAGAAAAUAUCCUUCAAACAUGGAGCAGGCUUUUCCCUUGGACCCUGCCUAGCCUCCAGCCACUGCGUGCUGCAGGCUGAAGCAUGGAUGACAUACUGCUGGGGCUUGAGACGUUGUGUGGAGACCUGUGAGACGUGAACUGUUCCUAGGGUCUUGCAAGCAAGGUUAUCAGCAGUGGCUAAAAAAUAUAGAAACAGGCUACAACAGCUGCAGUAAGCAGAUUCCCCUCUACCUCACCUCCAAAUGGCAGAUCCGAGGAGUGCAAACUGCGUUCAUGUUCAGAGCUGCAGAAACACUUGUUGAAUGUGCAGGCUAGCACAGGCAACACUGUCUUUCCACCAGCCCUGAAACCCACCUCCCCUCCCCACUUUCUGAUUUCCCAGCACAGAAAUUGCUAGCAACUCAGCAACCAAGCUUUCUAUCUUUUCCUCCAGCAAGUGGGAAAAGAAAUACUCAGCAGAGCUCAAGAAAUACUCAGCAAAGGAUCUCCACACUGCAGUUAAGUGGGAUCGUCAUUGCCUUCAGUGUGCUGCAGCCCCACAACUAAAUAUUUUCUUGAGUUUCGUGGUUGAUGUUGGACAUUUUUUGAUGGCCUCUCCAUCCAAAGAACACUACUGGUGCCCUUCCUGCCCAGACUGCAAAUCCACAAAUCCAUGCGUGCAUUCUCCAGAUCUCUUUGUCAAACUGCAACCCUGUGCAAAUCCAGAAUGCAUCAGUUUGUGUUUUUUGGGGUUCUGGUUUUUUGUUUGUUUUUGUUGGUUGUUUUUUUUUUUUUCCCCCAAUAAAAUUCUAGUCUUUUCAUCAACGGUGAUUUUUUUUUGUUUGUUUGUUUUUAAGGUGUGGGUUUAAGGGACUGAAUCGAAUGUAACAAAACAAAAACAAAAACAAAGCCUAAUCUCAGGGCCAGUGAGUUGCAAAUAAUUUUUAAAAUGCCUGUAAUUACAUCAUCUCAAUAAAAAAUUUAAUAUAAA